AUGGCCAGCCCUUUCCCGAAAUCAGACGAAACCUGUUGCUGGCUAGAGCUCAACUGGACCAAUCGGCGCGGUUCAAUCUGGUCUCGUGCGUGGCUUCUGAACUGCUUGGCAAACGUAUGGGUAUUUUUAGGCUUCAUGCACGUUGGCAUUUCGAGAGACCAACAGGCAUGGGGUUUAAUUUGCACCUUGACAAUCACGGUUCCAAAUGAACCAAUUAUCAAUCCACUCUGUGUUCCCUUUUAUUGCUGCUCGCAUAGCCCUAGCCGGCCCCCUCUUGUGGAGUGUCCAUGGAAAUGGUCAAAGUUCUCAAAGAAUUGGAUGAUGGGCCGGAGGCAUAGUUGCGCUUUUGGCAUUUGGCGGUUGGCGGUUGGGCACCUGAUAGUCUACCUCAAAGGAGGGGCUGCUGAAUGUAUUGGAUCAAUUGAGGCUUCGGUGUGCGCAAUAGACUGUCGUUAA